AUGCCGGCCCAGCCUAACCCCAGAGAACCGGAGGAAGAGAUGGAAACGGAGGGUGACUCAGAGGCUCCUCAGGCCAACGGAGAGAUGGAAGAAGAGAGAGAGAGAGACGGAGGAGAGGCGGAGGAGACGAUGGAGGAGAGCGGGGAAGAACGAGAAAGUGAGAGGGGCAGUGACUCAGAGGAGAGUGAAGCCGAGGAAGAAGAAGAGGAGGAAGAGAGCUCAGAGAUGGACGAUGAGGACUGCGAGAGGAGGAGGAUGGAGUGUCUGGACGAAAUGUCCGACCUGGAGAAACAGUUCCUGGAACUCAAAGACAAACUGUUCCGUGAACGUCUGAACCAGGUGAAUAUGAAGUUAGAUGAGGUGGUAUCGGGGAAGGCGGGAGAAUACAAGGAACCCCUAGCCACUCUGCAGCAUAACAUGCAGCUACGCACCCAAGUGGCCGGUGUGUACAGGGAACUGUGUCUGCAGGUGAUUCGACACAGACAUGAGUGUGAGAUACAAGGAGCACGACAACAUCUGGAGAGUGAAAAGACACUGCUGUUUGAUGCAAUGAAGUCUGAGCUACUGGACAAGAUCCGCAGACUAGAGGAGGAUAAACAGAGUACAGACCUCACAUCAGAAUGGUGGAGUGAUGAAGUGAAGGGAAAGAAAUGUAAAAGGAGGAGUCAUCCGUCACGUCUGGAGAGAAAGAAGAAGCCGGUUUUAGUGUCAGGGCCCUACAUAGUCUACAUGCUGAGAGACAUUGACAUCCUAGAGGACUGGACAGCUAUUAAAAAGGCUAAAGCUGCCCUGUCGCCCUUGAAGAAGAAAUCUGACAACAGACAGUUCUCAGUGCGUUGUGAGGGUGGAACUCUAUUCUAUGAAGGAGAGAAAUUCUCUAAAGGAAACAGUGUCCUACUGGAAGUCAAUGAUGAAAGUCCAACACAAGCGGUGAUAACAGCGGUCAGCAGUGGAGAGGUCUGCCUCAAGCGGACAGACGGCAGCAAAACUAAAAUCUACAUUUCCCAGCUUCAGAAGGGCAAAUACGCUCUCCGCAGGGCCUAG